AUGGGUCAGAUCCAGUACUCUGACAAAUACUUCGAUGAUACUUUUGAGUACAGGCACGUCAUACUUCCUCCAGAGGUUGCUAAGCUUCUCCCUAAGAAUCGUAUUCUCUCCGAAAAUGAGUGGCGUGCGAUAGGAGUGCAGCAAAGCCGUGGAUGGGUCCAUUACGCCAUUCAUCGUCCUGAGCCACACAUCAUGCUCUUCAGGAGGACUCUCAACUACCAGCAGAACCUGAACCAACCCAUCCCUAAGUAG